AUGUCCUCCAAAGAGCAACGGCCGAAAGAGAAGGACAAGGAUAAGGACAAGUCCAAGGUGCACAAGCUGUCCCUCAAGGGCAGCUCUAGGUUGGUUGCCGAGUUUUUUCAAUACUCAAUACACACAAUUCUGUUCCAACGUGGUGUCUAUCCUGCCGAAGAUUUUACCGCCGUAAAGAAAUAUGGCUUGAACAUGCUCGGUACCGCAGCCUUCCAAACCGUGUACACCUGCCUGCGGACAGCUAAUCAAGAUUCGCAAAUAGUCUCGGCCGACGACCAAGUCAAGGCGUAUAUUAAGAAAAUCAUGAGCCAGCUCGACAAAUGGAUGAUUGGCGGUAAAAUAUCGAAGCUUGUCAUCGUCAUUACGGACAAGGAUACCGGCGAACACGUCGAGCGCUGGCAAUUCGAUGUUCAAAUCUCACAACCGCCACCUAAAUCUAAAUCCAAGUCCAAAUCCUCACCGUCCCAGUCGGCCGAUCAAGAAAAUACCCCCCAAGGCGCGCCUGCGAUAGAGCCUGACAAAACUGAAGCCGAGAUCCAAUCCGAAAUAGCUGCUAUAUUCCGCCAAAUUACUGCCUCUGUCACAUUUUUGCCUCAAUUGAAUGGCGAUUGUACGUUUAAUGUACUCGUAUACGCCGAUGCAGACAGCGAUGUUCCUGUUGAAUGGGGUGAUUCGGAUGCCAAGGAAAUCGCAAACGGGGAGCAUGUUCAGCUUCGAGGUUUCAGUACAGCGAAUCAUCGUGUAGACACCCUAGUCAGUUACAGGUUAGGGGACUAG